AUGAUAAUCCGAGCCGUAACCAAGGCUCCCUUGGCCUGCCCCCGAGGCAUCGCACACAUACACUUCUGCCGUCCGCCGUGGCUCCCCCAGAGCCCGCGGGCACCGAUCCGCGUCUUCCAGACGAGCGCACCCUCGAGACGCGAAAUCCCGACGACGAACCACGCCACGACGAAACCCGGCGAUGGAGGAAACAAGACCCCGGCCAAGGCCAAGAAGCCUGCCGCCGCCGCCGCCGACCCUCUGGCCUUGCCUGAGAAGAGCGCGAAGGAACAGCGCAAGGCCGACUGGGCAAUCAUGAAGGAGAUGUCACGGUACCUGUGGCCCAAGGACAGCAUCAGCACAAAAGUCCGCGUCGCCCUGGCCGUCUCCCUGCUCAUCGGCGCAAAGGUCCUCAACGUCCAGGUCCCCUUCUACUUCAAGAGCAUCGUCGACUCCAUGAACAUCGACUUCGCCGCCACCGGCGGCACCGCCGCCACCAUAGCCGGGAGCAUGGUCCUGGCCUACGGUGCCACCAGGAUAGGCGCUACCGUCUUCCAGGAGCUGCGCAAUGCCGUCUUCGCCUCCGUCGCCCAGAAGGCCAUCCGCAGGGUCGCCUGCAACGUCUUUGACCACCUGCUGCGCCUCGACCUCAGCUUCCACCUGUCCAAGCAGACGGGCGGCCUGACGAGGGCCAUCGACCGCGGCACCAAGGGCAUCAGCUUCCUGCUGACGAGCAUGGUCUUCCACAUCCUCCCGACCGCCCUGGAAAUAUCAAUGGUCUGCGGCAUCCUGACCUGGCAGUACGGCGCAAAGUUCGCCGCCAUCACCAUCCUCACCAUGGUCGGCUACACGGCCUUCACCAUCUGGACGACGGCCUGGCGGACCAAGUUUAGGAGACAGACCAACGCCGCCGACAACAAGGCUUCGACCGUCGCCGUCGACUCGCUCAUCAACUACGAGGCCGUCAAGUACUUCAAUAACGAGAAGUUCGAGGUUUCGAGGUACGACAAGGCCCUGCAGGCCUACGAGAAGAGCUCCAUCAAGGUCGCCACCUCCUUGGCCUUCCUCAACAGCGGCCAGAACAUCAUCUUCUCCUCCGCCCUGACCGCCAUGAUGUACCUGGCCGCCGACGGCGUCGCCCACGGCACGCUGACCGUCGGCGACCUGGUCAUGGUCAACCAGCUGGUCUUCCAGCUGUCCGUCCCCCUCAACUUCCUCGGCUCCGUCUACCGCGAGUUGCGCCAGUCUCUGCUGGACAUGGAGACACUCUUCAACCUGCAAAAGGUCAACGUCUCCGUCAAGGACGCGCCUGACGCCAAGCCCCUGGCCCUGUCCAAGGGCGGCGAGAUCAGGUUCGAGGACGUGACCUUUGGUUACCAUCCCGACCGCCCCAUCCUGCGCAACCUCUCCCUCACCAUCCCCGCCGGCAAGAAGGUUGCCGUCGUCGGCCCCAGCGGCUGCGGCAAGUCGACCCUCCUCCGCCUCCUCUUCCGCUUCUACGAUGCCCAGACCGGCCGCAUCUUCAUCGACGACCAGGACGUCCGUCAGGUCCAGCUCGACUCCCUGCGUCGGGCCAUCGGCGUCGUCCCCCAGGACACCCCCCUCUUCAACGACACCAUUGAGCACAACAUUCGAUACGGCGACAUGUCUGCGCCCCGGGAGCGCGUCAUCGCCGCCGCCCAGCGCGCUCGCAUCCACGAAAUCAUCGAGCGGCUCCCCGACGGGUACCAGACCAAAGUCGGAGAGCGUGGCAUGAUGAUCUCUGGCGGCGAGAAGCAGCGUUUGGCUGUGAGCAGGUUGCUUCUCAAGGACCCACCCUUGCUCUUCUUCGAUGAGGCCACCAGCGCCCUUGAUACCCACACCGAGCAGGCCCUCAUGCUCAACAUCAACAGCAUCUUGCGCGAGAAGUCGCGCACCAGCGUAUUCGUGGCCCAUAGGCUGCGCACCAUCUUCGACGCUGAUCUCAUCAUCGUGCUCAAGGAGGGUAACGUGGCUGAGAUGGGUACCCACAGGGAGCUCAUUGACCGUGGCGGCUUGUAUGCCGAGCUCUGGAGCGCCCAGGAGACCCUGUUCGAUUCUGACGGCCAGGAGCGAGACCAACAGGAAGAAGGAGAUGAUGCUACGAGAAAACCCCCGGCGUAG